CUCCAAGGCAUCAGCUCGGUCCAGGCAAGCAGCAUUCCAUUUAUUGGAUUAGAAGCAACGAAUCGAUCAGAUCGAGGUCGCGAAUACCCUAUCCUUCAACUCCCGUAAUACAACAACAUCGGAUCAACCUCUGCAUUGCGACUGCAUAACACACUCAUCCGAAGUAUUGCACCAAUCCUACAAGCAAUACACAAUUCACUCACUCGACUACUUUGGUGUAUACUUAUCGACAACGGGCCGGAUUGGCCGGUCUACACACCAGGAUGUCACUCUCUGCGCCAUCGCCUCCUCUCCUUCUCACGAAGCGAUUGACAUCCUUCCUCCGAUCGAAUCUCUCCCCUCAGAUCCACACGGCACUCCUGGCCACCCUCUCGGGCAAGUUGUUGGCGCACGCCUCCGCACAAUCAGUAAGCAUCCUACGAACACAAUGCACCAUCGCAUCCUCGAUAUGGGCAGUCUACUCAGCACCGGCGGCGCGCGAAGCUAUACCAGAGGCAAUACCGCCGCAUUUCUCCUCCAUGUCCCAUCGGGAUCCCACGCCUAGCGCCGUCACGAUACAGCUCACCGGUGCCGUUUUGGUAGUCCGCAAGCUUCGCUGCGGACUCUUGUUCAUUUGCAUUGGGCCAGCGCCGGAAGGGGCUGAGCAGGAAGCAUCAACACAAUCUCAUGGUCAGGCAGUGCAAACACCACAACUCACGGGUGAUGCACUCCCCAUACCCACAGUGGGAUCCCCGUCCGAGGUGGAAAGCGUCACUAGUGUUGGGGCUGCAACAACGACCAGUGUCACUACUACGGCCAGUAUCAGCACUGCUGGAGCUGUCUUGAUGCGCCGGCAGACUGAAGAACUUGCGAGGUGGCUCGACGAUAAGCUGGGGGGUCUUGGUAUUCCUGACGAGGGGCCCGGGAUGGAAGGGAGGCAGUGAACUGGCCUUCAGUCACCACGCCUCGUGGGCCACAAUAUCGGUGUCAGGUGAACGGUAGGAGGGCAUGAAAAAAAUUCACUCGCUUGGUUAUUGCAGGAGGCUAGACAAAUGGCCACCUCCGGACUUUCCACAGACGAGAGCUGGGUUUUCUGCUUGGUGAGCACCUCCAGGGUCAAAAUACCUGCUGUUGUUCACUCAGUUAAGGGGCGAAGGGGCGAGGGAGUGUCACAAAAUCCAAAUCUUUGAGACUUGAACAUCAAGUCGGAUCACACACUCAAGGAGUAUAGGCGUUCAAGAUACCAUAUAAAUGUUUUUACGGCUACAUUCAAACCAUAUGCUUUCAUAUUCUCGUAUUU